CCUGGAGCGGCGUCGUUAUAUUCCAAGACUUGAAGGCUUUUCGGAAAACAUUGUGCCACAGUUUGACAGCAAGCAAUUUCUUAGACAUUUCAGAGGGAGCCCAGAAAUUUUUUAUUUGAUCAUGAACUCGAUUGUACAUUCUCUCACAGAUGAUAAUGCAUGGCCAGGUGGUGUAGAGCCUAUCCUGCCUGAGAAAAAACUUUUAGUAUUUCUGUGGUACAUGGCAAAUCAGGAAACUUUAAGAGAAGUUAGCAAUACAUUUGCAAUCGGCACAACGACAGUUCAUGAAAUUGUAAUGACUGUGUCAGAAACAGUAAACGAAAACUUGGUUAACGUGAUAAACUGGCCAGAUGCAAACACACAACACGCCUUAUCACGACGAUUUCAACUCCAGUCUGGAUUACCUGGUAUUAUUGGCUCUUUAGAUGGAACCCAUAUUCGGUUAUCUUCAGCUCCUGGUGGUGACAAAGAUUAUUUUAACCGAAAAAAGUUCCCUUCAAUCCAGCUACAGGUUGUUGCAGACUGUGACAUGUUGAUAAGAGAUGCUUACACAGGUUGGCCUGGGUGCACCCACGAUGCACGUGUUCUCAGAAAUUCCUCUUUGUUUGACAAAGCCGAGAAUGGACAAUGUGUUAUGCAUGGAAAAUUUAUUAUUGCAGACAGUGCCUAUCCAUUGAGGAAUUGGUUGGUGACACCUUUCCGAGAUAAUGGAAGACAUAAUGCACAGCAACGAAGAUUUAAUCAAAGGCUGUCUGUGGCCAGACCAAUUGUUGAACGGGUGUAUGGACACUUAAAAGGAAAGUUUCGAAGGCUUCGAGAUAUAACUGUUCGAAAGCUGUCUCGUAUAGUUUCUCUGAUUAUUUCAGGAUGCAUCUUGCACAAUUUAUGUGUUUUGCAUCAUGAUGACGUCGAAGCGUUCAUAAACAACUUCUUCUUCAGGAACAGCUGAUA